GGAUUUGAUUUCUAGUCGAUGUGAAAUAUAAUCAGUUGAUGCUUGCACUCCAAAGUCCAGACACAGGAAGAAAAAAAGGAAAUGAUUUAUAGUAGAGUUUUCCUUUCACCCAAAAACCAGAGACAAGUACAAUACUGAACGAAGAAGAAGCAUACACAGGUGUGGAAUUGAAUUGAGAAUUCCCAACUGUAAUAACCGUCCAUUCAAAGAGGCAAAAAGGGAAGAAGACCCAGUGAGGAAGUGAGGAUCCGGAUCCGAAAUUCACUACCCCAAUGAUGGAUCCGAAUCUGGAUUUGCAGGAAUCGGGCUGGGAGGAACUCAGGAAGGAGGCUCGUAAGAUCGAGGGGGAUCUUGAUGUGAAGCUAUCUUCUUAUGCUAAGCUUGGUGCUAGGUUCACCCAAGGAGGAUAUGUGGACACUGGAUCACCCACUGUUAGCUCCAGCAGGUCAUGGAAGUCCAUGGAAAUGGAGAUCCAAUCCUUGCUUGAGAAGCUACUUGAUACAAAUGAUGCUAUGAGCCGAUGUGCUGCAUCUGCUGCACCUACUACUUCUGUUACUCAGAAGCUAGCAAGGCAUAGAGACAUACUUCAUGAGUUUACCCAGGAAUUUAGACGGAUCAAGGGAAACAUGAACUCAAUGAGGGAACAUGCAGAGCUUCUGAGUUCUGUCAGGGAUGAUAUCAGUGAAUACAAGGCAUCUGGGAGUAUGUCACCUAGAAUGCAGUUACUACGAGAGAGGGCUGCUAUCCAUGGAAGCAUAUCCCAUAUAGAUGAUGUGAUUAGUCAAGCUCAAACGACAAGGGCUGCCUUGAACUCUCAAAGAACUUUGUUUGGGGAUUUUCAAGGGAAAGUGAAACUAUUAAGUGACAAGUUCCCUAUAAUCCGUGGCCUGCUUGGUAUAUUACUGAAGUCAUCUGUGGUACUGAAAUCAAUCUUCUUAAGUUCCUUCAUUAAUCUUGCACAUCAUGUUUGCAGGUUCAAUCAGGAGGCGGCGAUCAAGAGAUACUCUCAUUCUCUCUGCAGUGAUCGCGGCUUGUACGUUGUUCUUGAUUAUCUAUUGGCUUUCAAAAUGACCAGACAUGCAAUUUAUUGUUUUGGAACUAUAACAAUUGUGCUUUCCUAGGGAAUUUUGCUUCUGUAGUUUUGUGAUAACAAAUCAAGCUCACUGUUUUAACACUUGGUGAUACCCUUUUGUGGUGCCAUCAUUCAACAAAUUUCUUUCUGUUUCAUAAGCAUUUACUCUUCUAAA